AUGUUCACAAUCAAGGCCACUUACCGGAACGAGACUAGGCGGUUCACGUUUCCUGACCAUGAAACGUUCCCUGCAUACCAAGACUUGUACUACCAGUUAUCUCGUAUAUUCUCAAUCACCAACGAUUUUCGUCUUUCCAAGGUGCAGUUCUCCCCGGACGCAAAGAAACUGCAUCGUGUUGUUGUCAAGAAGGAAAUUGGCUCGGCCAAUGAUUACAAGGAUGCCAUGGAUUCCCUCCCAGGAAACUGGACUAGUCCUGUCCUCAAGUUCAUUGUUCUUGACAACUUAACACCGCUCAACCCAAUGGCUCAAGGAGUGGGUGUCGGCGAGGAAUCGCCUGCUCCACCAGUACCUCUCAGCCAACAGGAGGUGGCGUCAACCGCUGUCCCGCAGCGAUUCGACGAACAUGGGUCGGCUGACUCUUCUCACCAGAACCCUCUCGGCGACAAGCUCAGUCCUUCGCGUAUGAGACAAUGUCCCGCCGUAGGACGACAGGAAGAAAUCCGAACAUUACUGUCAAAUCUGAGUCAAGCAUUGAACAAUGUCUUUGACGAGACGCGCGACUGCAAUGCGCAUGCUCAUGACGCUGCGCCUACUGCGCCAUCAGCUGCGCCGUCACGCAGCUUAUACCCCAUUUCGCCUACCACAAGCCCCCAUUGGUGCUUCAUAUGUCGCUCAGACUUCACUGGGAUAUGGUAUGGUUGCGAAAGGUGUCCUUGGCAUGCUGUUUGCCCUGGCUGUUACACGAAAUCCGGUGCUUCCCAUACUCAAAGCUUCGGACCUAGCCAUGUCGUGCGGCAACAUUUCCCUCCUGGUUUUGUCCCUUCGCCGCGGCCGUCUAGUUUUACGGGCAUGGAAUUGCCCACGUCCCACAGUCAAUUAACAUCCUCCUCGUCGGUCGUGCAUCGAGGUGUCUUGUGUGAUUCUUGUGAUAAGACAAUUUCAGGAACCCGACAUAAAUGCAUACAAUGCCCCGACUUUGAUCUCUGCUCUUCUUGUCUUGGGACAACAAUUAGUGGGCACGAAAGUGGCCAUCAGUUUCUCCCUAUUGAGACACCUGGAUGUCACCCUGCCGUGCAUAGAAAUGUGUUAUGUGAUGGAUGUGACAAGGUCAUUGUGGGUGUGAGGCGAAAAUGUCUGGACUGUCCUGACUAUGACCUAUGCACGACGUGCUUCAGUUGUGGUUGUGCAGAGAGACACAACCCCUUUCAUGAGUUCUUCGACAUUGAAGAGCCUGGCCGGGUGUUUGUGCAUACCGUAUUCAGUGGACGAGGUGAAAGAACGGCGCCACAUGCUCGACAAGCUGGUUCAAGGCCUUCUCCUGGCCCUUCUGAUGCCGACUCAUCUCAAGUUUCUGGCACUGUGCACAAUGCAACAUGCAACUUAUGCGAUUCAAGAAUAGAAGGGGAGCGCUAUAAAUGCGUCAUCUGUCCAGACUUCGACGUGUGCUCUUCGUGCUUUAGCAUCACGCAAGAGCAGCACCCCACACAUGGUUUCGUCAAGGUGAACAAGCCAGAAGACCUCAUGAUGAGACAAGGACUGGCCUCUCGCCAAGUUAAUCACCUUGCAACUUGUGAUUCCUGCCAUCGUUCCAUCAGUGGUAUCCGUUACAAGUGCAUGCAUCCAGACUGUUUAGACUACGAUCUGUGCGAUAACUGCGAGUGUCUGCCGAUUCCGGUGCAUCCUCCUAUCCACCCAAUGCUGAAGAUGAAGACACCGGACACUGUUGUUCCCACUGUAUACAGGGUUGGUCAGACUAACCUCAUUCAUACAACCGACGACACCUAUGUGUCGGCACCUGCAUCACCUGUGCCAACUGUUGUCCAGCUCAAUUCACACAUAACGGAGCCUCCCGCGGUGGUGACAUUUCCUCAACAACUUCCCGAGUCUCCCAACCAAUCAAUGACAGAAGAAGACAAUCACGACAUCUGCCUUCCCGGGUACUAUCAGGCUAGUGCUGCUUCAUCUCCAGAUAUACCGUUUGUCCCUGCCCUUCCUGCUCAAGACUCUAGAAGUGACUAUCAGGUCAGUUCACAUGAUGUCGUAGAACAUCAAGUACCUGCAGAAGUUUCUUCUUGGACCCUGUGGGAUCCUCGUCUAAACCAGAGUCAUGGCAACUCGAGAAGUUCGUCUCCCGACAUGCCAGCUUUGUUCGUUCCUAGGCGCCUUCCCCCGCCCGCUCCGGUUCCCAAUGCGGGAUUCCCACUGACGCCCCUUGCAUUGAACGGCACUCAUGAUGUCUAUCGCGAACUCUGGCCCCUUGUUAACCAAGAAGUAAAGUCCUCCUUUGAAAAUGAAGCCGGCCGUCAGCAAUCAUACGGAGCUAAUCCCUCGAAGGUUGAGGAUUCCAGACCCAGUGGCUUUACGCUGUCUUUUAGUGGUCGCGACUCCCUUCCCGUUGCGGAGUCCCCCAUUACUCACGAGUCACUGCUAGCUACCCCGGCUGCGCCGCCUCCAGAGAUGCUUCAGCGCGAGAGCAGGGCUACGUUCUCCUUGAAUCGUUCUCUGGCCGCGUUACUUAACGGCUACCGUACACCAUCACCGACUCCCUCUGACGAUGGGCAAAGGGGAAUGAUACCCGUACCUGCUCCUCGCAACCUUCCAGGAUCAUUCGUGAAUGACGAUGUGAAUGUUGAUGCGCAACCCGACAAUCUUUUCUCUCUUCCUCAGGUGAAAACCAAAGGAGUCAAGUCGGAGUCACCGCAUUCUGUCCCUACGCUAUUCGAGUUGCUCCGUGAUGACACGCAAUGCGCUGCUUCCCCACGAACAUCCGAAACUCCAGUCGACCGUGAUUCCGCUGCGCAACUAAACUCCGCUUUCCUUUGGGACACGACCGUUCCGGAUGGUCAGGUCUUCCCCCCAGGUGCAGAAUUCGUCAAAGCUUGGCGGAUGAUGAACGACGGCGGGCGCGCCUGGCCUGAGGAGACGGAGCUUGUCUUCGUUGCUGGCGAGCCCCUUAUUCAACAGGGGCUUACUGGCCGUGAUCAAGGAUUGCGUACCAAGGUGGGGCGUGUUGAUCCCGGCGAAGAGCUAGACGUCUGGACCAGCGAGCUCAAAGUGCCCGAUGCUCCUGGUCGGUACGUUAGCUACUGGAAACUUUAUGAUGGACAUGAAUACUUCGGGAGCAGCGUCUGGAUUGAUGUGACCGUGGCAGAUAGUGAUACGUCGAGCGAAGAUGCUUCACUCGCGUCUUCGUCAGUCGUGAUGCCUGGAAGGGCCGACAUAGUCUCACAUACGACUUCCUUGCAAUCUGCGCUCGGUGCCGAUCAAAUUUCCGCAUCUGUCUCAGCUACAGUCAGCGAAUCGAAGCCCACGGAUGACGACGCCGUAUCGGUUGGGUCCUCUGUUUCUCUGAUCAGUUUGCCUACCACGGCGGACUCCGAUGUGGAGGAGGUGGAAAGCGUCGGCGCGCAGCAGCCAAGAGUAGAGCUGCGCAACGAUGAAACCGCAGAGGACGUAGAAUACGUGCUCCUUUAUGAUAGCCGCUCAGAGGAUGACUGA